AUGUAUGCGGACCGAAUCCAAGUGGCCUGCUACGGGGACAAGAAGAUCCCCAGCAAGCUCAAGUAUUUUUUCAAAGAAGACCUGUAUGAAUUAUCCGACGUGAAGCUGGACGAGCGAAUCAACCUGCUUCGAAUCCAUCUGAAGUACGUGUUCUAUGACAACCCCUUAUCUGAGUACUUCAAAAAUGAAGGCAACCUGCUGUCGGAAAAGUCCCUAAUUUAUAUUUAUUUCCUAUGCCUUAACAAUUUGGAGGAGUAUAGAAAUGAAAAGGAGUACAUUUUAAACCGGUACAAAGAUGCAGCAAAUGACGAAAACGAUGAAUGCAUAAUUAUUUAUGCGUACAACUUGGAGGACAACUUGAACGAAAUUAAGAAUAUUAAAAAAAUAAAGUCAGACUUCAGUCACAACAAUUAUAAAAGCAUCAAAAUAUUGUCCCUGCCAAUCCUCACAAAUGAAGAUUACGAUGACUCGAACAACAAAAUGAAAGAAUUGUAUGAACACUUUAAAAUACGAUACAUGGAUCAUUUAAAAAUUUGUAUAGAAAAAAAAUACCACAUGAUAAGAAGUGGGUACACAAAAAGCAUGACAAACUUUUUAAAUUUCGUGGAUCAUAGUAAAAAUAAAUUUCAUUUGACUGACUUUACAUACCAAGUAGACAGCGGACAGGAAGAAAAUCAAAUUCUUCAGUUUGUAAAUUUUUAUAAAAAACAUAACGUCUUCUUAUUCUGCAACGAAUUUGUAGAUAUGAAAUUCUUUUUAAAAAAAAACGACCUGUUCUCCUAUAUGAAUGAAAUAGAAUUUGUAACAGAUUAUGAUGAAGAGCUGUAUAUAGAACUGUAUGACCAUUUUUUACUCCUCUUCAUAUGGUGUGAAAAUCUGUGUCUACUUUUCUGCAAGUUAAACCUUUUUAAAAAAAGUUACGUCCUCUACAGCACCAUGGCAAAAUUGUUCAUGAAACAUUUAAACGUGUUUGUAAAAAAAAAGAAAUGCUUCAUCCAUUCGUCUAUCCUGUUUGAGAAAAAUUAUCUUACCUUAGCUAGAUACAUAAGGGAAAGGAACAUCUGCUCCAUUCACUUAUUGGAGUACAUUUUUUUUAAAAAAUUUUCCCUUCUUCUUUUUUUAAAUAAAUUUUCCUACCUUUCCAGUAAGGCUUUAAGGUUUGCCCAGUUUUUUUACACCAAUAAAAUUUUUAUCUUCAUGCAUAAUUUCAGCCGAUUUAAAAAUAGCGUCAUCAGGAAUUCCACUCAGAUUAACUACUUGAAGAAUAUCCAGAGGAAGGUGACAAAAUAUCGCCGCCGGGAUCUCCUAGGACGUUCAUCGGCCAGGGUCCCUCCCCCCGGGGGAGCGCAGCGGGGGAAGAAACAAAGGGGUACACAACUUGAUUUAGUGGAGGAAGAAAAUCCCAAGAGUGACCAAAACAGUUCGCUGGAGCAUGCACCAAGGGAUGCUACUCCAAGGGGACAUUCCCCCAUCCGUGAUAAAAACCUGGGCAAGCACAGAAAGAGCCUCAUAAGCGAGUUCAAGGAGGUUUUCAGAAAGGGCGUAGGCAACGUGGACACCGUGGGUGAGCACGUUGGCCAAGGCGUGAUCGGGCCGGACGAAGAUCACCUACAAGACAACUGUCUAAAAGAGGACAGCCUAAAGGAGGACAACCUACAGGAUGACGGCCUGUUGGACGACGAUAAGCUCGUGAGCGAAAGCCCUGAAAAGAUGACCUCCAACGAGUUGUCCACGCGCCCUGAUCAGAACAACCAGGGAGACCACCUGGGGGAGUUCCCAGACGAGCGAGACAAAAUUACGUUCCUUCUAAAGUGCUGCUUCAUAAAUAAGGAAAGUUACUUCGCCGUUUAUUUUUACAACUUGGCUAACCUGAUUAAGUUCCUCUUCGAGCGAAGGAGCUCCUUUUACCAGGAGGAGCAAAAAAAAAACAAAAGUGAUAAAAGUGUGAAGAAAAACAACACCAAUAUUAGCAAGUACCUAUCGCUGCAGAAGAAUAUUAUGAAAUUGGGAUAUAAGAAGAAUUUUUCCAAAAAAAAAAAAUCGAAAAAAAGUUUGAAAAUUAAAACGAAAAGGAGCAAUUCGCUAAAUGAAUCAUCCACGUCGCAGUUAUCCUCCACAUUAUCAGACCCCUCGGAUGGAAGAAACAACAACUACAAUUUUUAUCAGAAUAACGAUUUCUGCAUAAACGUUUCAAACAUUUUUAAACUCUCCUUUGUCAUUUUAAAAAUUAUAAUAAAUAGCUACAAAACAGACAAAUUAUUCGACCAGAGAAAUGCAAAAAAGGUGUACUUGCUUAACUUCUUUCUCCAUUACUUGGAAGAAAAACAGUUUGAAAAAAAUAUACAAAAGGAAGACAUGCAGCAAGUGAAAAAUGGAAAAAAAAAUGUCUACCACACUUUCCCCCUAUAUCAUAUAAAAUAUUUUUCAAAAAAUAACGAAAAAGAAAAAAAUAACCUACUUAUAAGUAUUAUGAAUAAAGUCACCAAUUUGUGUUAUCGAAAAUACGGCAACAUUGCCAUGAUUAAUAAAUUCUUUUUGGCAAUUAUUUUAUUUGAAAAUUCGAAAUGCAACAAAUCCUUGAAGAUUUUAAAAAAAAUCAUCCAAAAAUGUAACCACGAUUUUGUUAUCUUUUUCUGUAUGCAACUUAUUUCUUUACACAAGGUGAACAACCAAUUUUAUCAUUUCUGCUCUUCCUUCUUUUUAUCCAACAAGUACACCCCUAUUUGUUCCUUCAAGGAUGUUAAUAUAAAUUUUUCCAAGAUUGGCCAUUAUCAGGAUUACCUCUUUUUUCUCCACGCGAAAAAUUCCCUUCUACAAAUUGAGCAGAACAAAUGUUAUGGCAACGAUUUUUUCUCUUCCCUCGGGAAGGACAUCGUUGUGUCUUAUCGUAACGUAAUGGAGCAUGUCUUGAGAUCCGUUACUGGAAAGGGGGAAAUGGACCCGUCAACCGAGCACACACAACAGUUGCCCGAAGGAAGGGGUAUGAUCCAGGGGGGACUACCCAAGGAGGGAGAACAAAUUGGUGCCCACUCCCAAAAAGACGCCUGCAAGGGAACUACUACCCCCACGGAUGUAAACAAAAACAAAGUAAUCAAUUUUGAAAGGAAGGUGUUUUACCAGAACAAUUACUACUUCAAGCCGAAUGAGCGAUUUCUGAAAAGCCUACGCAGGUUUAACUUCUCCGUUUCGAAAAAUGAUGAACAGGAGGAGAUGCACAUCCCCCACUCGGACGUGAAGAUCUUCGUGCAGUCGAACUAUAACCUCUACCUCUUCGCGUCGAAUAUGCUCUUUGGGAAUAUCGGUGAAGCGGGCAACGCGAACGAACCGGGGGAUUCCACCAGACUACCCCACAUCGGAACCCUGCUACGCCUAAAAAUAGAAAAAUACGCCCAGAAGCAGGGGAAAGACACAAGGAAGGCCCACCCACCCAGAGUAAAACAGCUAUGCAUGCAGUACGAUGAAAACAUCGACUUUUUUGUCUUCUCCGCCUUAUCGCAAAACCUUCUCAUCGAUAAAGUAAUGAUUGAGUUAUACGACGAAAGGGCAAAUAAAAAGUUGCACUUAAAUUUUUCCAAAAACAAAUAUGUUAUCAAAACGGGGUUAAAUCUAAUUAAGUUAAAUAUAUCAAGCAUUCUUGAAAACAGCCAAAUAGAAUGGAAGAAUUUUUUCUACAAAAUGAAUUAUGUCUUCCUCCAGGUGAAUCACUUUUGCUUGUAUCAACAGCUGGGGAUACUUCCCAAUGGGAAUAUUUUGACUCCCUUUUUAAAUGCCUACACGGAAUUUGUAAAGUCCAAUUAUAUAUUAUGUGAGGUAAACAAGUAUGCUAGCUUCUUCCUAGAUCAGCUAGUUUCUCCUCUUUACAUAAAAAUAAAAACGUUACAAUCCGUUUUAAAUUGCCAAUUGGUUGCAUCAUAUUUGAACAACACGUCUUUAGUUUACAAUAGUACGAAUUAUGUCAAGCUGAUCGUGUCCAAUUGUCAUAGACAUGUCGACUCGAGGGAGGAGAACGAGUUUAUUUCCACGCAGAGGGACGCAACCGAGCAGGUUCCUCAUGUGGACAUUCCCACAAAAAGCUACUCCAACCAAAUUAAAAACGUCCACCUGUUUGUUAAUAAAAGGAACGAAAGCUCCGAUAUCCAACAAAUGAGCGAAAAGUACACCCUCCCCGAUUCGGUGUUUUUCGUCAUCGAAGCAAACGACCAGGUACAAAUUUGCGAGCCGAAGGUUUUAAAAGGAGGGGACGCAAGUGAAUGCCCCGUUGAAAAAGAAAGUAAUUAUCACGACGGGGGUUAUUACAACCAAACAGCAGAAUGGAAGGACUCCUACGCAGUUAUAUCCUUUGUCCCAGUAAAGACAAACAACCCUAACGUUGUCAACAGUGAACAAUCCCAACUGAAUUUGAAUAGUGAGAAGAACCUACACGGGUUUGAUUCAUCGGAUAGACCUUCUUCCAACCCAAACGAGGUAAAAAUCAAAUGCGUCAUAAACAUAGAUUUGGGGAAGAAAAAAAGGAGACAAAGGAAAACAGACCUCUAUGAAUUAUCAAAUGUGAAUUACGUUGGACAAACCCAAUUCGAUCAUUUUAUUAAUUUAGAAAAAGACUCGUCAUGUCAUCCACCAUUUAAUAACCAAAUAGUGAUUGACAAAACGUUCCAGCUUGCCAGCAUUUUUAAUGAAAAAAUUAAAACGUAUAGAUCGAAGAACACCAUGUUAUAUGAAUUAAUCUUACAGUUACAUAAAGAUAGUUAUUCUGUUUUUUUAAAAAGUUUCCACGUUUCUAUUAGGAAGAAGUGUGAUACAGAUAUAACGGGUGCAAAGAUAUUUCUUCUGAAUGGCAACAAUGGGGGAUUUGUCCAGGGUCACUCCCUGGCCACGGGGGAUAACAGCUCCAAUGAUAUGGCUCAGCUGCAGGCCUACACCUUGGGGGCGCGCAAAGGGGAUGCAAAGGGGACACAGCAGGAGGUGGAGGAUUCAAUGGAGGGUGACAUGAUGGAAGUAAAAGAGUCAAUGAAUGUGUCAGUGAAAGAUGAUAUGAAGGAGGAGAAUAACGCAGGGACGAAGGAGGCCCCUCCCCCGGGCACGGACACCCCGAACGAGUCUGACGCUAGCAAUGUCAACCUGUGGAGCGCAAACCACAUGCAGGAAUCUGGCACGAGCAGCUUGAGUCUACUGAGUGCAAACGAUCUGAACGAGGAGGGGGGAGGGAAGAGAAACCCAAGCAACGAGGUCAGUUACUUUUGUGACGAAAUUGAUGUCAACAGGUACAUCCACGGGGGUAUGAGUGUGUUUUUCCUGUUUGAGGUGACCUACGGGGGAGCUCAGGAAAGUGCCAUUCAUGGUGGUGGCCAUAAUGACCAUAAUGACAGUGAUGCUGGUACUAAUGGGACAAAUAUGUUAAUCCAUGAAAGCAUGACGAUGGGCACCCUGUGUGUCACAUACGAAUAUCGUAACAUCCUGCUCUUAAAGGCAUUCGAAAGCAGCCCAAAGGAAUACAUUUACACCCUGGAUGUGCCGAUCCCCUCAUUCCUGCUGCCAAUUAAUGUCCACUAUGAGAUUCCAAAAUGUGGGACGCUACACACAUUGCUCAAUGUAAAAAUUGUCUUGUCCAACAAUAUGCGGGAGGAUAUUUAUAUGAAAUAUUUUGUAUACCUGGAGGAGAGAAAAAAAAAUGAUCAGUCCGAAAGUGAAGAUGAAUACAAUUGGCUAAUAAAUGGUUUUAAAAAGAAGGUCGUUUUUUUGCCAAAAAAUUCUUCACAUAUCAUUAAUUUGAUUAUCCUUCCUUUAAAAAUCGGCUUAGUUAAUUUCCCCCCAAUUUUAUAUUUCGUAAAAUUAAAUGACAGGUGGGUUGAAGUAACUGAAGUUUUGAAAAAGAGCGAGAAUUUUCAGCUUAUCAUUUCGCCCUCCCUGCAGUUUAGCCCAAAAGUGUGGCAGUUGGCAUAG